GAUGAAUUAAACAUAGAUUUUAGUUACACAAUUUUCAUUUUUCAAAAAAUGGAGGCAAUUAAACCCUAAAGAGAGAAACCUAGUUUGGCAUUUGGCAAUUGAAGAGACCAGAAAAUCAAGCAACGAAGUUAGGCUGUCGCCAGUGUGGUGGGUAUAUAUAUCAUGAACAGGAAUGAACCCCACUAGAGUUGAGAGACAGAAAGGGAAGAAACAGGCGAAGGGUUUUGUUCUUGCUUUUCUUCUCCUCCCUCUCGCUUCACCAACCAUGGAUUCUCAAGAGAUCCCAAUCGCUGACCCUUCCCCCUCUCCGGUGAUUCAAGCUGUCGAAUCUGCAGCAGUGAAAGAUUCCGAGCACCAUUCUCCUCCGCCGUCUGAUGACGAUGAUCACCAUCCUCAAUCUAUCGUUGCUUCCUCCGAUGAGGAUCUUCGUGCGAGGAUCAUUAAGCAGGUAGAGUAUUACUUCAGCGAUGCAAACUUGCCCAGUGACAAGUUUUUGUUGAAACAAGUGAAAAAAGAUAAAGAAGGAUUCAUAUCCAUAUCAUUAAUUGCUUCUUUUAGAAAGAUGAAAAAGCUUACCAAAGACAGUUCCUUAAUUGUGGCUGCCCUCAAAGAGUCUUCCCAGCUUGUUGUAAGUUCAGAUGGUAAGAAAGUAAAGCGUCUGCAUCCUCUUCCAAUAAAUGUUGGCACUGAUCCCAAGCUUCGCACUGUUGUUUUAGAAAAUCUACCUGGUGACAACUCUAUAGAGAAUAUCCAGAAAAUUUGUGCUCGAGUGGGCAGUGUCAAGAAUGUAUCCAUACAUGACCCUCAUGGUGCUGUGAAUUUAGGGAAGAGCAACAAGACAAAGAAAGUGGUCAGUAGUAAGGUGUAUGCUCUUGUGGAGUAUGAAACACUCGAAGCUGCUGAGAAAGCUGUGGCUACCUUGAAUGAUGAAACGGACUGGCGAAAUGGAUUACGGGUUCAACUUCUUCAAAAUUGUAAGGGGUCUGCUUUUGGGCGGAAAGUCUGGAGAGAAGUUGAUUCUGACAAGAGCGGCAAUGCUCGUGUGACCGUUUUGACAAAAGAUGAGGGUAAAAAGCAUUCAACUGAGCAUCAUGAUGAUUCCCUUGAUGACAAGGAUGGGGAACACACAUCUAAGGAAAGAAUUGUGCGGAAGGGUCGAAACCAUUCUAAGGGACGUAAAUAUCACGGGAGCAAUGGAAUGGGUCAUGGGAUUGUUAGUGUGGAGAUUUCGAAGCCACCUCCUGGUCCCCGAAUGCCUGAUGGAACAAGAGGAUUUACAAUGGGACGUGGACGGCCUCUGUAAGCAGCCACAUUUGACUGAAGUCGCACAAAGAGAUUAUUGUAGCCACGUGUGAUAAAGUGUGCUUGUCGGUGUCUGUAUUUGCUUGUCGGUGUCUGUAUUUGUUUACCAUGCCAGAUGAUUUUCAUAUUUUCUCUUGAAUGGCAUGAAACGAAUGAGCUGGAGUUACCUUGGGUUUGUCGUAUGUAUGUUUUUUUCCCUUUCCUUUUGCCGAGGGAGGGGCUUUGGAACUAAAUGGUGUUCAUUGAUGGAAAGAAUAGUGUUAUACAGACGGCUACGUUUGUGUAGAA